AUGAGAGUCCUCUGCGUCGCCGAAAAGCCAUCCAUCGCGAAGGCCGUCGCGGCCCAUCUCUCUGGUGGUCAGGCCCAAAGUCACAAUACACCAGAAAAGUACAUCAAGAACUACGUGUUUGACUAUGACUUCGGACGCCCCUGGGGCCACUGCCAUGUUACCAUGACCUCCGUGCUUGGUCAUAUCACGUCUGCUGUUUUCCCUGCCGAGUAUAGGAAAUGGGAGUACCCACCACCUGAGCGCCUAUUCGACGCUCCCGUAAAUAUCGUCACUUCAGAGGACAAAACGAAGGUGGCGGACAAUAUCGAGAAACAGGCAAAGUAUGCCAACGCGCUAUGCAUAUGGACCGAUUGCGACCGAGAAGGCGAGCACAUAGGCUACGAAAUCUGCGAGGCAGCCAGGAAAGGGAAUAGGACCUUGGACAUCAAGAGAGCCAGGUUUAGCAACAUCGAGAGAGCGCACAUACUGAACGCAUCUCGCAACCUCAUCAAUCUCGACCAGAAGCAAGUAAAUGCCGUGGCGUCCCGGAUUGAACUGGAUCUCAGGAUAGGGUAUGCGUUCACCCGGUUUCUCACCAUAAGUCUGAGGACGCUAGGAGGGCCGUUCGAGAAGCUUCUGCUAAGUUACGGGUCAUGUCAGUUUCCAACCUUGGGGUUCGUGGUAGAUCGGUAUUUCAGAGUGAGGAACUUCAAACCAGAACCGUUCUGGGGAAUCAAGAUUAUGCACAAACGGGAAGGCAUCGAUGUCAACUUCAACUGGGCACGGCAUCAUCUUUUUGAUAGGGCGUCGGUUAUCAUCUUCUACGAAAGGUGUCUUGCGGCAAAGACGGCCGGAGUGACGAAGGUCGAGGAGAAGCCGACAAAAAAAUGGAAACCUCUGCCAUUGACGACAGUUGAAUUGCAGAAGAUGGCGACGCGGUUCCUACAUAUGACGGGGCAGGAAGCGAUGGAAGCUGCUGAAAACCUAUACAACAAGGGGUUCAUCAGCUAUCCGAGGACGGAAACAGAUCGCUUCGAUCCUGGCAUGAAUCUUCGCGCGCUGGUCCAGAAGCAAUCUCCUUCGGAUUCCUGGGGCGAUUUCGCUCAGAAACUAGUUGACGGUGGAUUCCAACAACCACGCCAAGGACGAAACGACGACAAAGCGCACCCCCCAAUACACCCCAUCACCUACGCAGCACCAUCAGCCCUUAACGACAGAGAAAGAAGGGUUUACGAGUUCGUCGUGCGGCGGUUCCUUGCCUGCUGCUCCGAAGAUGCCAAGGGUGUUGCCACAGAUGUUCACAUCAAGUAUGGAGAAGAAGCCUUCCAUGCACAUGGCCUUGUCGUACUAGAACGAAACUACCUGGACGUGUAUGUGUAUGAGAAGUGGACGGGAACCGCCCAACUCCCUAAAUUCACGGUUGGAGAGUUCUUCGAACCUACCGAAGCUUUGAUGACCGAGGGUAAGACCACGGCUCCGAAUUACUUGACUGAGGCAGAUUUAAUUGCUCUCAUGGAUGCCAACGGGAUCGGGACAGACGCUACUAUGGCCGAGCACAUACAGAAAAUCCAAGAAAGAGACUACGUCCGCACGGUGCCUCGAACCGUCUCGUCAGCCGACAACGGGGAAGGGGAAGAAGAAGCUACCCCAGCCGCACGAGGAGGGCGCGGCGGUCGUGGCCGGGGGGGGCGCGGGAGCCGAGGGGGUCGGGGAAAUGCCUCUUCUGGCAGGAAAGGAGUCAUGGAGUUCAUCCCGACCCAGUUAGGGGUGGCUUUGAUAGAGGGAUUCGAUAGGAUGAACUUCGACACCGGUCUUGGCAAACCAUUUCUACGAAAGGAGAUGGAGCUGAAGAUGAAGGCCAUCUGCGAAGGCCGUACGACCAAGGAGGUCGUUCUCGGCGAAAGCAUUCAACAAUAUCGUCAUGUCUACAUGCAGUCGCAGGAGAAGUUGAGCGUUCUUAAAGCGGCUUGUCGACAAUACGUCUUCCAAAAUGGUGGUUGA